AUGGGCGAUCUUUGGUUGGAGAUCCCACCCUUGUGGAGUCCUUUCUGUGAGCCUAGAUCUUCAGAGCCAGGUGAUGGCCAGAACCUGGUAACAGAAGAUGUGACGGUAGUGGAGGGGGACGUUGCCACCAUCAGCUGUCGAGUCAAAAACAGCGACGACUCCGUGAUUCAGCUCCUCAAUCCCAACAGACAGACGAUUUAUUUCAGAGAUUUCAGACCACUGAAGGACAGCAGGUUUCAGCUGGUGAAUUUCUCCAACAGUGAGCUCCGAGUGUCGCUGACAAACGUCUCUAUUUCUGAUGAAGGACGGUACUUCUGCCAGCUCUACACAGAUCCCCCGCAGGAAAUUUACACCACCAUCACAGUGCUUGUCCCACCACGCAAUUUGGUCAUUGAUAUCCAGAAAGAAAUCGCUGUUGAGGGAGAAGAGAUUGAGCUGAACUGCACUGCCAUGGCCAGCAGACCAGCAACCACCAUCAGAUGGUUCAAAGGAAACAAGGAGCUGACUGGCAAGUCAGAAGUGGAGCAGUGGUCUGAUAUGUACACAGUGACCAGCCAGCUUUUGCUGAAAGUGGGACGGGAGGACGAUGGGGUCCCUGUCAUCUGCUUGGUGGAUCACCCCGCUGUCAAAGACUUGCAGACACAACGCUACCUAGAAGUCAUGUAUAAGCCUCAAGUGCGGGUUUCUCAGAAUUACCCAGUGCAAGGCCUCACGAGAGAAGGGGAGCCGCUCGAACUGACGUGCGCAGCUUUUGGAAAACCACAGCCUACGGACAUGAGGUGGUUAAGAGUAGAUGAUGAGAUGCCUCAACACGUUGUAGUGUCUGGUUCAAACCUUCUCAUUAGUAACCUAAACAAAACAGAUAAUGGUACAUACCGCUGUGAGGCUUCAAACGCGGUGGGGAAAUCACAUGCGGAUUACAUGCUGUUUGUAUACGAUCCCCCCACAACUAUCCCUCCUCCCACAACAACCACCACCACUACCACCACCAUCCCUACCACCAUCACAGACACAACGGCGACGACAGAACCAGCAGUUCACGGCUUUACUCAGUUGCCAAAUUCCGCAGAGGAGCUGGACUAUGGGGAUCUCUCAGGUACUGGCGUCCUGCUAAAUGCUUCAACGGAGGCUCUGCCAACUGUACAAAUAAGUAAUGCAUCUAUUGCCUUGCAUCCAGAUUCUCGUGCAGGUGAGGAAGGGGCAAUAAGGAGCGUGGACCAUGCAGUCGUCGGUGGUGUCGUGGCCGUGGUUGUAUUUGCCAUGCUUUGCCUGCUCAUCAUUUUAGGGCGAUAUUUUGCAAGACAUAAAGGUACAUAUUUCACUCAUGAAGCCAAAGGAGCUGACGAUGCAGCCGACGCAGACACAGCUAUCAUCAAUGCAGAAGGAGGACAAAACAACUCCGAAGAAAAGAAAGAGUACUUCAUCUAGAACAGCCUUGGUUUCAAUGAGGUGUCCAACCGUGGACGGUUACUGGCCCUAUUUAAACGCUAAAGAGACAGUGAUAUUGGAAGUUGCAACCAGCUUGUGUCUUUUUUAAAGAGAAACGCAAAUGGGUGGAGAGCUGUGAGACUGGGAGGGUCUGGGAUUUGCUGUGUAAAAAUAUUCUUCGUAAAGUACACUCUGCUGUUCGACACCUCAGUUCGUUUGGGUUUUGUUUUUUUGGCCAAGUCCGGCUUGGGUUUAGUUUAGUGAAGUCAUUUGCAGAAGAUUCUGUGCCUUGUUUUAUUUCUGUUUGUUUGGGUUUGGGAGGAGGCUGGGAAGAAGAGGGGCUUCUGUGCGUUAGUUCCCUUCGGGUUUCUGUGGCUCUUUGUUUCCCCUUUGGUCCUCUGUUUCUGGAGUUGCCUGCUGGGACCCCUUGGAAUAGGUUGGUUUCUUUCAAGGUGUUUUUUCCUUCUUUUUAUCUUCACUGUUUUCUGUUGGAAACUCGGUUUCAUCGGAGGAGAACCAGCACAUUUUAGAUUUCAUAGUUUGCAAUUCGCUGUACCCAUAUUCCAUUUUCUCUAUUGUCGUAAAGGCUUGGAUAAACAAACAAACGAGAACCUGUUUGUGGCUGCCCGUGUUCCAAAUGCUUUAGAUUGAUGGAGACUAGAAAAUAGCCCGCAACUCAGAAAAGGUGCUGCCCGUCCGCGGUGCAUCCAUCCGCACCCAGGCUCUGCUCCCAGCCAGGUGCCCUGCAGCCCCCAGCGGCUCUGGAGUGCAGGAUCUGCCCCACAAAGGGUUUAGGGCAGGAUUUCUGCUCGGAUAAUGUUGCAAACUGCUCUCUGUCCUGACUUCUCCCCGAUUUGCUAGCACAGGAAAAGCCCUCCCAGAGUGCCAAAGGCUGCGAGUGUGCAGCUCUGUGGUUCUGUCCCCCUCCAUUGGUGUGGUGCUUGGAAGGCAUCAGGGUGGGUGUGGGGUUGGAUGCUCAUCCCACUAGGAUGGCCCAUGUGUCUCUAACCCCAAAGCCAUCACUGCGUCCCACACCAUGUCAGGUCCGAGCCCCGGGGCGGCUGGACAGGUACAACUGCCUUUUAUUUUAUUUUAUUUUGAUUCUGAUGGAUAAAAAGUGGAAAUUUGCGUGAAAAAAAUUACAGUGCUAACUGACUUAUUAAAGCCAUAGGUAAAAAGGAGAAUUUAGGUAGAUUAUAGAUUGGUGACAGAUAGCAAAUCGCAACGAGAAGGCGCUAUGGGAAUCCUACCUGAAUUUGGUGAAUUACCUUGGAUGUAGAGAGGUACUUUUUUUUUUUUUACUGUGUUUAUGUGGAACGUGUAUGCUGAUUUAUUUAAGGGUAACAUUAAUCUUAGCAUCAGGUGUUUUUUUUUUUAGGGGGCCGGGGGGGGUCAUCUUUCUGUGUGUUUUUUUUGUUGUUGUUUGUUUGUUUGUUUUUAAUUGUUUUUGGCAGAACCAUUGUAACGCAGGAUCUGUUGGGAAUGGGAUGGCAUGAAAACAAACAAGUCCGUUCCGUAGUAGUCGGUCUUUUCCCUUAAUACAAGAAGAAGAAACUCACAGGAAUAGCUUUUUUUUUUUUUCCUCCUGAGCAAACUUUGUCGAGCGCAGCUCUUUUCUGAGCCUUCAGCACCAUUGCCAAACCACACCAUGGUGAGAAGCAUUCAGCAUGUAGAGUUCGGGGGGGGGGGCGUUUUUUACUCGUCGGUCACAGAAUUGGCAUCCUGUUUUUGGACAGCCCAUCUUUGUUUUGGAAGUGUACAGUAGUGCAGUGUUACCGAUGUAACUUUGACUUAAAAUGUUGACAUGUCUCAGGUUCAUGUGUUUUGAUUGGUGUUUUCCGUCUCAGGUAGAUUGCAACAAUUUCGGCCCCACACAUUGGAAAAGAAAAACAGAAUGAUAAUAAUAAUAAUAAUAAAAAACAGGAAAUUACGAAUUUUAGUUGUAUAUUGGUUUAUGUAUUUUUUCUUCAGUAUACAGUGCACUGUUUGAAAUGUAUUGUUGAGUAUUACUUUGUACAGCUUUAGGUCAUUAGGAUUUUUAAGUGUGAAGAAAGAACAAACACGUUUAAAGGAGAAUUACAAAUGAAGGAAGCGUGACUGAUGCUAAACAGCCUUGUUCUUUAUUCACCCAGCCUUUUUAUUUUUUCCCCUUAGGCCAGUUCUGUUUUAAGGUGUCCAUGGAAGAUGUUACAAUGUAAGAAAAAUACAUAUCCAUCUGUUCCCAUUCACAUUUUGUAUCGGUUCAUGUAUACCAUUUUUACAAAGAAAAAAAAGUACUAUAAAAUAUCUGUCUUCUUAAUAAAAAAAAAUUAAUGUUACAAAACUA